UGGGUGCUGAUAAUAUUGCGCUGUCCGCCGAACGUUCUUGGCUGUUGUCUUGUCCCUGUCCGCUCGUCUAGUGGCAGGAGAUGGUGUGAGCGAGGAGGGCCCAGGGCUAGCUAGCUGUGUGUCUGUCCGAGUGGGUUGUCACUGUGUCCCGUGUCGUCCAGGUCGUGUCGUCUAAGUAGCUACUCACCGUUGCCCCCAUACCCUCUCCCUCCAUCCGAACAUGGAACAGCUAACUCCAGUGGCCGUGGUUCAGGAUUUCUCUGGCGGUGGUGCCGUGGAACCGCCGCGUCCUGUCGAGAAAGAACCGGACACCGUGAAACUGUUUGUGGGACAGGUCCCCAAGACGUUCGAGGAGAAAGACCUGAGACCUUACCUGGAGCAGUACGGACCUCUCCAGGAGCUCAGCAUCCUCAGAGACAAGCUCACCAAGAUACACAAAGGCUGUGCGUUUGUCACGUACGUGAACAAGACGAGUGCAGAACAUGCCCAGGCAGGCCUCCAUGACAAAGUCCUGCUACCAGGGAUGACUAGGCCACUUCAAGUAAAACCAGCAGGAUCUGAUGCAAGAUCUGAGCUGCGUAAGGUGUUUGUUGGAAUGUUGAGCAAGACAUGCACAGAGGAGGACGUGAGGGUCAUGUUUGAGUCUUACGGAGUUGUGGAGGAGGUUACAGUUCUCCGAGACAAGGAGGGUCAGAGCAAAGGCUGUGCUUUCAUCAAGUUCUCCAACAGACAGCAGGCCCAGAUGGCCAUCAACAAGAUGCACGGCAGCCAAGUCAUGGCGGGAGCUUCCUCUCCACUGGUUGUCAAGUAUGCCGACACAGAGAAAGAGAGACAGGCUCGCAGGAUGCAGAAGGCAAUGCAGCAGUUUGCUCAGCUAAACAUCGCUCCAGCAGCUUUCCCUCUCCUGUCUCCUCAGUACCCUUACCUUUAUGCCCAGCUGAUUCAACAGCAGGCAGCAGUGGCUGGCCUGACCCAACAGUCAGUGGCGGCAACGCAAUACGCAGCGUCACCACUGACAGUGACAGGGUUGUUGUCACCAACCAGUCCUUCUCAUCAUGGAGCUGCUACGGCAUCUCCUCUGGGGUCCUCUGCUGCUGGUACCCCUGUCGGACUGCCAUCCCCAGGUCUCCCACCCUCCAUGCCAGCUCUCUCUCCAAAUGGCCUCCCCUCAAUGUCAUCUGAGGCCAUUCACUCACCUCUUCACAGCCCCAUAGGAACUUACUCUACUGGUCUCCAAGGUUACACGGCCUACCCCUACAGCUCUAUGUUUGGUGGAGUACCCCAAACUCCACCCCCACCCCAGAAGGAGGGACCUGAAGGCUGCAACCUCUUCAUUUACCACCUCCCACAGAGCAAGAUUACUAGCUUUAUUGUAAGAUUACAGAGUGAAAUCUUCCACCACCCAGGAUUUUGGAGACACAGACUUGUACCACCUGUUUGUCCAGUUUGGAAACAUAAUUUCUGCCAAAGUCUUCAUCGACAAAGCCACGCAACAGAGCAAAUGUUUUGGGUUUGUGAGCUACGACAACCCAGCCUCAGCCCAGGGUGCCAUUUCAGUCAUGAACGGAUACUCCAUUGGAUCCAAGAAACUAAAGGUUCAGCUGAAGAGGCCAAAAGAACCACGGAGACCAGCUUUUUAGACCACCAGCUGUCAGGUAUAUUGUGUAGUAAAUAUCUCUUUCUCGCUGUGUUUCUCGUCUCGUGACCUGUGAACUGUCUUCAAUUGUCCCAGUUGUUGCCAUGGCGUCUCUAUGGCAACAUCACUUAAAUUGACUCUAUUUUCAAUAUUUUAUGAUCAGAUACUAAUGUACAGAGCUUCAGUAGUUGUAUUUUCAUUGUCCAAUUGUAGAGUUUCAUUGUAUUUAUGAUGUUGUCAUAGUUACAAGUAUAAAACGUGAACACACAACUGCACACAGAUCGUCACGGCAACUGAUUACAUUGUCACGGCAACUGAUUAAGGGGGUGGAGAUCCAGUGCUGAGGAUGUUGUUGUGUCCUCCAAAUGGAUCGUUCACCACAGGCAUGUCAUCCUUAUGCUUCCACUGGCCAUCCACCACAAACUUGUAUUCAAAGGAGCUCUCCAGUGGAAGGUCAAGGGUCGAUAAGUAGCUACCUCCGUCCUUCUUUGUCAUGGGAACAGGCUGCCAGUUUGAGAAUGUCCCUGCCACGCAAACCUCGCUGUUUGUGUUCCAUUCCAGACUCAGUGUACGAGUAUUGAGAACAUUGUUGUAGCCUCCGUAACCAUCGUCAACAGUUGGCUGAUUGGGGUUGUAGGUCCAUUUUCCAUCAACCACAAACUUGUACUGGAAACAGCCUUCAGACGGCAGACUGAGGUUCCCUUGGUACACACCUGACGACCUGUAGAGGGGGUGGAGUCUCACUAGGGGGCGUGGCUUAGGCCCAUGAUACACAGUAUAUACAACUUUUAAAGGUGUCGUGCAACUUCAAAAUGCACUAGUAUGAUGAUCUAUGGAACAUUUACUGAUGCAGGAAACCUUCACAUUGUUCCAUGGUCCAUACAUUAC